GAGGCGCAUGUGGGGCCUGGGGGUCUUGGAUCAUGCCUCUCUGCCACCCUUUGCCCAGAAGGCUGGCAAGCAGAGGGAUAGUGGUACCCGCACAUCCCAGCAUUGGCCUGCAUCCUCAUCCUUGCAGCAUCCCUCUCCAGCAUCUCCAGCAUCAUCUCUGCUUUCCUUCUCCUUCUCCUCUGGUGCAUCUGCCAUCCCAAGGCUGAAGGAUGCAGCUCUAGAGGCUGGAGCUCACCUCUGGCGCCUUCUUCCUUCUCUCCAUGGGGCUGACCCUCCUGGUCUCUGCCUACAAGCUCUGCCGCUUAGCCAUGGCCAGCCCAGAGGCGCCCAGCCCAGCCGUGGCAGUGGGGCCCAGUGCUGGGAGCCAGGAGGGCUGGUGGGCCGAAGGCCUGGGCCCCGGCCAGGAGGUCUCCCCAGGGAUGAGCUCCGACAUCCAGGCCGCCCUCAACAGGACCCUGCCUGACCUCCACCAGGCUGUCUCCGCCGCCAAACAAGCCGCCGGGCCAGAAGACCUCCAUCACAGCCUGGCGGAGAUCCUGGCACUGGUGGAAGAGGCCUGGGUGAUGCCCACCAUGGGCAGAGAGGUGGCGAAGGGGCUCUGCAAUGCCAUCCGUCUGGAGGGAGGCCUGGACCUUCUGCUCUCCUUGCUCCAGUCUGUGGAUCUGGAGACCAAGUGCCAGGCUGGGAAGCUGCUGGAGCAGAUCCUGGUGGCAGAGAACAGGAGCUGCGUGGCACGCAUCGGCCUGGGAGUGAUCCUGAACCUGGCCAAGGACCGGGAGAACCUGGCCCUUGCGCGCAGCACCUCAGGCAUCCUGGAGCACAUGUUCAAGCACUCAGAGGAGACCUGCCUCCAGCUGAUCUUGGACGGCGGGCUGGAUGCCAUCCUCUACUGGUGCCGCUGGAGUGACCCGGCCGUCCUGCGCCAUUGCGCCACCGCCUUGGCCAACUGCGCCAUCUACGGUGGGCAGAACAACCAGCGGCUGAUGGUGGAGAAGCGGGCACCGGAGUGGCUCUUCCCGCUGGCUUUCGCCAAGGAGGACGAGUUGGUCCAGUUCCAGGCCUGUUUGGCCAUUGCUGUCCUGGCCACCAACAAGGAGAUCGAGAAGGAGGUGGAGCGCUCGGGAACUUUGGCCCUGGUCGAGCCCUUUGUGGCCACCCUGGACCCCGGGCGCUUUGCCCACACCCUCCUGGGCAGCGCGGACAACAGCCAGGGGCGGACGGCCAAUGAUCUCCAGUGCUUGGUGCCUCUCCUGGACAGCUCCCGGCUGGAAGCCCAGUGCUUGGCCACCUUCUACCUCUGCGUGGAGGCCACCAUCAAAGUGCACCAGAGGAACACCAAGAUUUUCACAGAGAUUGGGGCUGUCCAGAGCCUCAAGCGGAUCGUCUGCUACUCCUCCAAUGGGACGACCUCCACGCUGGCCAAGCGGGCACUGUCUGCCAUGGGCGAAGAGGUGCCCCGCCGCCUCCUGCCCUCUGUGCCCAACUGGAAACCCUUGGAAGUACAGAAGUGGCUCCAGCAAAUCGGCUUCGUCAAAUACUGCCCACGUUUCCUGGAGCACCAAGUGGAUGGAGACCUGCUCUUGAGGUUGACGGAGGAAGAGCUGGAGGAGGACUUGGGUGUGACCUCAAGCAUUGCCCGGAAGAGGUUUUUCCGUGAGUUGACUGAACUCAAGACCUACGCCAACUACUCCACCUGCGACCGGAGCAACCUGGCCGACUGGUUGGGUGGCGUGGAGCCCAAGUUCCGCCAGUACACCUACAACCUGGUCACCUGCGGCAUUGACCGCAACUUCCUCCACCGCGUCACGGAGCAACAACUGCAGGAGGACUGUCAGGUCAGCCUUGGCUUCCACCGGGUCCGGAUCCUCAAUGCCGCCCGAGAGAUGCUCCAUUCCCCCUUGCCUUGCAACAGCGCAAAGUCUAUCUCUGAAGGGACGGAUGUCUUCAUCAGCUACCGAAGGAGCACCGGCUCCCAGCUGGCCAGCCUCCUCAAGGUCCACCUCCAACUCCACGGCUUCAGUGUCUUCCUCGAUGUGGAGAAACUGGAGGCUGGGAAGUUCGAGGACAAGCUGACCCAGAGCGUCAUGAGCGCCCGAAAUUUUGUCUUGGUCCUCUCCCGCAACGCCCUGGACAGGUGCAUGGGGGACAUCGAAAGCAAAGACUGGGUGCACAAGGAAAUUGCUACAGCCUUGAACUGCGGGAAGAACAUCAUCCCCAUCACAGACCACUUUGAAUGGCCCGAUCCAAAGCAAGUGCCGGAAGACAUGAGAGCCGUCCUGAAGUUCAAUGGCAUCAAAUGGUCCCAUGAGUACCAAGAAGCCACCAUUGAGAAGCUGAUCCGGUUCCUGCAAGGCCGCUCCUCCCGAGAUUCCUCCGCUGGUUCGGAGAACAGCCUGGAGUGCAGCCCCUCUCUGGGGCAGAACUGAGGGGUAAGGAGGGGAAGAGGGCCGUCCUGUUUCCUUCUCUCUCUGGCACUGCCCCAUAUAAGCGAAGGGUGGCCUGAAAUAUCCCCGUCUCCUCUGCAAAGACUUGCAGCUGCUACACACUUGCCUUCUCCUGGUCACUUUUAGAGGCAGAGCAUUUGGGGGAUUGUGCAACGCUCCCCAGAAAGGACGUACACAACAUCCCUUUCAGCUCCUUAGACCAAGGCUGGUUGGGGGAUUCUGGGAAUUGCUGCCCCAAAAGUCCUCCUUUCCCCAAAGCCCUUCUCUGCUCUCCUCCUGUUCUUCUGCCCAACAGCUUGUGGCCUUUCAAACAAUGCAAAAACCCUUUUAGUGCCUGGAUAGAAACCUUUGUGUUCCAUUCCCUGAAUAAACGAGGGAAUUAUUAA